CUAGGGAAACCAAGACUAAAGACUCCUCUACCACAAUUCUUGAAUGCUGUCCAGACCAAAGAGACAUCUGAUGUGUUUAUAUGCAAUUACUGGCUGAUUGAAGGAGUUGGAGUAAGAUUUGUAACCAAGUGUUGCUGGUGGUUAUGAUGGUUUCACUUUUUCUACUUAAACUCGCUUGUUCUCACUAAAUCGCGUACCGACUUUAGUUGUCGCGUCACAUUUGUGCAUUUGCGGGUCAUAAGUCGCGACUCCUCAAAGCCACAAGAUUCAUGAUCCGCUCUUAACGACACACACAAUCGUUUUAGGCAUACAUCUGCUCUAUGCUUUCUUAACUCCUCAGCGUGCUCUGAUCCUACUUCUCAUAACUAGUUUCUCUUUUGCACGCACGCCCUAAUCAAUCACUGAAUAGUCUUGGGAUGGAGGACGCCAAGUUGAAUACCCAGUCGGGCGAUGACGAAGAGGAAUUCCGCGAUGCGCUGGAUGAUUUCACGUUCUAUGAUUGCGAAGAAACUUUUUCUGAUCCAAUCGAAUCCUGUGAUGUGCUGUUGCCGGAGGAUCAAACCGUGCCUCCAGCGACUCUACGUCUCCGGAGAUCACGUAAGGCUUCUGCCGGCGAUUCAAUGGAUAUGUCGAGGCCUAGCUCUUCGGUGAGUUUUGAGAAUUUUCUGCUUCCUCGGGACGAAAAAGUAAAGCUCUCUUCCAGAACUAAAGAAUGCGAGAAGAAAUUGGAAAAUGAAAAUUCAGAAUCUGUGGAGCCCGGAAACGGUUUGGAGGCUGCAAAAGAUAGUGCGGAUGGGGAGAAUAAUGACAACAACUAUGAACGUUCUAACCUGACGGGUGAAAACUCUAAUUCAGAGGAUGGUUUACAUGGGGACGAAUUGAACUUGAGAGAAAAUUGUGAUGUCCACAUGAGCCCUCUUUUGACGUUAGUAGGCAUAACGAUAAAGGUCAUCAGCUUCCAAAUUGAUAUGUUAGUGAAGUCUUUUAUGUUUCCCUUCCGCUUGAUUUAUUACCUGUACAUGCUUGUGUUUGAUCCAUUUGGGUUUUUGAAGCGUGGGAGAGAAUAUUUAAUCCAGGAAAUGAAAAGUAUUUGGAGUCUUGUAUUUGAUAAUCUGUCUCCAUUUGUGUAUGAGUGGUUGAAAGACCACCAAGCUAUUUGGAAACUGGGUUUGAAGUGUGGUUGGGGAUUAGUGUGGUCCAGCUAUGUGUGUUCACUAUUGGUGGCAUUGUUAGUGUCAGCAUUUGUGAUGGGUGGUUUGCUGAUAAGGGGAGUGGUGGAGGAGCCAAUGAGAAUGAAGACAAGUUUGAACUUUGAUUAUACCGCAAAGAGUCCAGUGGCAUUCGUACCAAUUGCUGCAUUCCCAGAACUAAGCCAUGAUAUAUAUCAUGAAGAGAUGCCCGGACUUGCCAUGGGAAGUGGAUCAAGGGCUGUACCUCCUAAUUAUAAGUUGCAGACUGCAAUUUCAUUGACAUUACCGGAGUCUGAAUAUAACCAGAAUCUUGGGAUUUUCCAGGUCAGAGUAGAUUUCCUCGCUACUGAUGGUAAAACUCUUUCAAGUUCAAGGCGCCCAUGCAUGUUGCAAUAUAGAAGUCAGCCCAUCCGUCUCCUGCUGACUCUCCUUAAAGUUGCUCCUAUUUUAACUGGCUAUACAACAGAAACCCAGAAUUUGAAAAUAAACUUUAGAGGUUUCACGGAAGGUGACGUACCUACUGCCUGCUUAAGGGUGGUUAUCGAACAGAGAGCUGAAUUCCUCCCCGGUGCUGGUAUCCCUGAAAUUUAUGCUGCAUCUCUGACCCUGGAGUCUAAACUUCCUUUGCUGAAAAGGGCCCUAUGGUUUUGGAAGAAAACAUUAUUUGUAUGGAUUAGCAUGACUAUCUUUAUAAUGGAGUUAGCUUUUGCUCUCAUCUGCUGCAAGCCAUUCGUUAUCCCAAAAAUAAAAUUGAGGGAAGUUACUAAUAGAGGUGCAUCACAGAAUGAUCGUCCAAGUCAAAGUUAGAAGUAAAACCUAGCUACUUGGCUAAUAUAAGGGUGCUGAAUAUUUCAUAGGUUCUGUGGUUGUACUUUACAAAUGCUGAUUUUAUGUGUAUAACAGGUUGAUCCCUGUUAUCUGUAAGUAUGUUCUGACACUGGGAAAUAGAUGGCUAGAUUGUAUAUAUUGCUCAAGUGGCUACCUGUUUCUCUCUA